AGAAAUCCAUACCAAGGUCGGUACAGUACCUACAUACGGUACUCACAGACAACACGUCAGGAAGGUUCGGGCAGCCAUUCCCGAAGCCCCAAAAUCAAACUUGCACUAUGCCAGUCGUCUAAGUGGGUCAUUCAACCUCAUGAGGCCAGGACGUGCGCAGACAUCCCGACUAUUGUGGACGAUCAGGGGAUUGAUGUUUGUAUUGCGACUUUGUUCGUGUGGAGAGGCGGCGGGGAGGCCAUAACCCAAUCUCUCUAA